AUGGAGGCAGUGGGUGCUCUCACUGAGGUAGUCAACACCGGACUGUGGUCUGCCGAGUACGUGCAGAGACUGGGCAAGAAGAUGGUGAAGGAACUGCGCAUACUGUGCAGAUUGAAAGAAAUUGGAAAGAUGGAUGAGUGCUACUACCGAGUGAUCUUAAGCGAGACUAUCAAUGAGUUGGCUGCCUUGAAGCCAGUCUCAGCCAUUGACCCCAACUGGGGGGAAGUCGGAGGAAGCGCGGCUGGAGGGGAUAGCGGAGCGCCCCUCCCCAUCCAGAUUAAGACCAGAGAAGAGUCUUCCUAUUUGCGACCUGGGGAGGAGAAGUCCCUACUCUUGCCUUCUCACGAGCGUCUAGCGAACUACCGCAAGUUCAUAUCAGACCAUCUGGACACUAUUGACAUCUCCAAGUUGGACCAGAGUAUCCAUAAACAGGCUAACAGAUACAAGUCCAGAUGCCGCACUUUUCUGGAUGAGAUACAGGAACACUGCGACACAUACUCGAGCAAGAGUAAGGUGGCAGGAAGUAGUGAGGCGAACAGAUGGAAGAUGUGUAGAGAAUUGGACAGUGUGCUGGUGGUGUUGAUCAAGAGCGCCAGGGAGCUGGACAGAGGCAACACUGGCUUCCUUUCCACUCUUGCCGACCAGGAGGAGAGCAAACAGCAGCAAUUGAAAUCAUCUCUCUCCAGGUACUAUCAGACCCUAGAGAUGAUCCAGAAGGUGGAGAGUGAGCUGGCUAGAGCACAGACAAAGAAAGAAGCUAAUUUGAAACAACAGGAAUUAGAUCUGAGUGCUCUAAAUUGGUACAAUGGUGAGCAAGAGAUGAAUUUAUUGAAAGAGACGAGCUAUGCGAACAAGUCAGCCGAAGCUGCACUAAGCCGAAUAGACAGACAGUGGGGGAGGAAGAUAGAGGAAGCGAGGAGAGAGAUAGGAAGGUGUAGGGAACAGAAAAAACAGGAGGAGCAGUGCCAAAACAUUUCUGAGAUACACUUGAACGAGACACUCCGAAGCACGCAGGCGCAGAAACGAGAGUCAGUAGUUGCGUUGGAUGCAGACAUUAAAGAAAUUGCGAGCAAAAUUACAGAGUUGAAUGCCAAAAUAAAAGUGUGCAAAGGUCACGUGAAAGCUGCUGAGCUAGAACGUGAAAUGAUCGAAGAGUUCAACUCGGUCUACAAUUCUGAGAUGGAACUGGCGAGGCUGGAGUCGGAGUUUAGAAGGAAGAGCAAAUGGGCAGCUGUUAAACUUCAGUCGGCUUGGCGAGGUGUUUUAGUUAGGAAAGGGCUUGGACCAUACAAGUACCUAAAGAAGAAUAAGAAGCGAAAAGGACGAAAGGGAAGCAAGAGGAAAAAGUAA